AUGUCCAAGAAGACUGAAGUGGGAGGUAAAGAAUGCAUGUGUACCACUACUGCAUUUUGGCAGACUGAAGUGGGAGGGAAAGAAUGCAUAUGCACCACUACUGCAUUUUGGCAAGAACAGAAGAAUGCCCACACCACUACUGCAUAUUGGCAGGAACAGCAGAAUGCCCACAAUACUGACUUAAUAAGACUUCUGAAAUCUAGUCCAAUAAAUGGGAAUUCCAAGCUUUCAGCAGGGUACAGAAAUUAUGCCACUUUACGGUAA